UUCCGUUGGAGUGCUCGUCGGCGACAACAGAUAAAGUGAUUACAGUUCGAAUAGUGAGUGUUGUAUGGAAGGUUUCCAUAAAAAUGUCUAAACGACGUUUGUCUAGCCAAGACAAAUAUGGUGAGAUUAAAUAUUAAAGAAGCAAUUUCGUCAAAUGCGGAAGCAUCUAAAUAAACUUUGUGAGUCCAGUGAAUCUAGUGAUUCAUCAUCUGCAAAAUAUGCAAGUACAACAGAAUUGUCAGAGGAUGAAGCUCCAAAUUUAAAAACUAGAAAGUCAGAUGUCCAGACAGUCCAUGAAAUAGAGCAAUCGGAGCAGAGUUUUUAUGCUCUAGGAUCGAGACCGGACUCGCAGGAUAAUGUAGGAAAAGAAUUGCAUGAGGAAAUAGUCAUUCGUUGGGACAGCCUUUUAAAAAAAGGUUUAUCUAAGGACCAACGAGAAGAGUUGAUGACAAAGUUUAAAAUACCUUCAAAUUGUAAGGCUUUGCAACCUCCUCAAAUUAAUAAAGAAGUCCAGCCAUGCCUAAUAAAAUCUGUUCUUGAACACGAUCGUUUUAUGAGAGCCUUACAACAGCAGUUGGCUCACGGUCUGUCAGCAGUAGAGGCUGUUAUUAAGACUAUAAUGCCUUACAAAGAACAGUUAUUUACUAACGUUCACCAUGGGCUUUCAGUUCACCGUAGAUUUAACAUUAUACCACAUUUAAAUCCUGAAUGUAAGAAGGUGGUAGAUAACUUGGAAAUAGAUGAUUUUUUGUUCAAUACAAAAUUCGCUGAAACAAUGAAGAACGAACAGGCAAUAAAAAAGGCCAGUACUGAUUUUAAGAAGAAAACUUGGCACGCCAAUUUAAUAGGACCUCCAGGAUCUGGGAUACCAAAUAGCUAUCAUUUAAACUACCGGCGUGCGCUACCAAAUGGAAGAGAAGAGGGGGGGAGAAGAGAGGAGAGAACAACAGAGGCAGUUCAGAAGAGACCCCAAGAAGUACUAUCACCAGAAAUAACUGCUAGAACAAACGUGAGUAAUCACGCUGGUAGACUUUCACUUUUUCUACAGGGCUGGAAAAAUAUCACAAGAGACCGAGUGGUCUUGGAUUGGAUUACAGGAGUUAAAAUACCCUUUCUUAACAGGCCUGUGCAGUUUUUUGAGCCCUCUGUAUAAAUCCCAAUUGAACUUUUCCAAGAAUAUAAAAACUCUAUUCAGGAAUUGUUAAGAAUGGGUGCAAUUGAAAAAUGUAGUUCUCUAAAAGGACAGUUUCUAUCAUCUUACUUCUUAGUUAAGAAUAAUACUUAAUACAUUUAUUAUUGCUCCCCAUUUCAAGUUGGAGGAUUAUAGGACUGUGGUGAAGCUUUUAAAUGAAGGUUAUUAUCUCUCAAAUAUUGAUUUGAAGGAUGCAUAUGUUUUAAUUUCAGUUAGCAAAAAGUACAGGAAAUACCUACGAUUUAAAUUCGAAAACUACCUGUAUCAGCUUAAAUCUUUACCAUUUGGUCUUAAUAUAGCACCAUUUAUUUUUACAAAACUUGUUAAACCAUUAGCAAGGAAACUCCGCCUUAUGGAAAUAAUCAUCGUAUUUUAUUUAGACGAUAUUCUUAUAAUAGGUAGAAAUAAAAGUGAAUACAAACAACAUACACAAAUAAUUCUUGCAGAAUUGGACAAACUAGGUUUUGUAAUAAAUAGACAAAAAAGUAUGUUAUCCCCGCAGCAAAAGGUCAAACUCUUGGGUUUUAUAUACAUACAAUACGAUUAUUAUGACUAUCUCACUUUCUAACGAGAAAUUCCAAGCUACUCGAAAGUUGAUCUUAACUUAAAAAAAGAAAAAUAGUUGUACAAUAAGAGAACUUGCUAGGUUAAUAGGUAAACUUGUAGCUUCUUGCCCUUCAACGAAAUACGGUUUUAUUCAUAUUAAGCCCUUUGACAAAAUUAAACAUUUUUCGUUACGACGAGAUUAUCGUAAUUAAAAUAAAAUGAUGCAUAUUCCAACCUCCUUACAUCAAGAAUUAGAUUGGUGGCACACUAAUAUAGGAUCGGGUCAAAAUAUGAAAUCAAAAAAUUUUUCCCUCGCAAUUUUUUCGGACGCCUCCACAACGGGUUGGGGAACCUUUUGUGACGGAUCCAGGUAUCAUGGUUUCUGGCAUAAUUAUGAACAACCGAUGCAUAUAUACUUUUUAGAGAUCAAGGCCGCGUAUUUUGCAUUAAAAUCAAUUGCC